UGUAAACUAACGGCUCUCUUUUUGAACGGAUGUCUUUGUUGAACAUAUGAAAGAGCCGUUCAUUUGACUCCCUGAUUUACAUACUGUUACGACUGCUUUUUGAUCUCCAGAUAACGAUUAUAUGUAGAUAAGUACUAACAUUCUAUGAAGAUGGUAAUUUCUCACUGCAGGAACAGUCGAUGGUAAGGAGAGAGCCUUAUUCUGGUCCACAUUCAUUUUUGCAGUGGGAUAUUUAUAUAUAUUUUUUAAUACGCCAUCUAAUUAAGGUUAGUGUUUGAACGCCUAUCACGAUCUGGCAGACAACUUUAGGCUUUACAUGAGAUAUUAGAUAUAUUUUUUGGGGGGGGGAUUUUGGCACUACUGAAUGAAGAGCUGGUUCAGAGCCAAAUUAACAGUUAUUGUUGCUGACUGGAGCCACAUGAUCCAGCUCACUGAACUCUGAAUGCUCAUUGCUAGGUAACUACCUAACUGAACAAAUCAAAUUGUAUUAGUCACAUAUGCCAAAUACAACGGGUGUAGACCUUACAGUGAAAUGCUUACUUAAGCCCUUAACCAACAAUGCUGUUUUAAGAAAAUACCUUUCAAAAUAAAAAGUAAGAAAUGACAAUAGCGGGGCUAUAUAUGGAGUACCGCUGUUGAGGUAAUAGGUAGAGUUAAUAAAGUGACUAUGCAUAGAUAACAUUGUAGGGGGGGUAAUGCAAAUAGUCGGAAGUCAUUUGAUUAGAUGUUCAGGAGUCUUAUGGCUUGGGGGUAGAAGCUGUUUAGAAGCCUCUUGGACCUAAACUUGGUGCUCUGGUACCGCUUGCCGUGCGGUAGCAGAGAGAACAGUCUAUGACUAGGAUGGCUGGAGUCUGACAAUUUUUAGGGCCUUCCUCUGACACUGCCUGGUAUAGAGUUCCUGGAUGGUAGAAGGCUUGGACCCAGUGAUGUACUGGGCCGUACGCACUACACUAUAGGACCUUGUGGUCGGAGGCUGAGCAGUUGCCAUACCAGGUAGUGAUGAAGAAACCAGUCGGGAUGCUCUCUGGUGCAGGUGUAUAACCUUUUGAGGAUCUGGGGACCCAUGCCAAGUCUUUUCAGUCUCCUGAGGGGGAAAUGUGUGGUCGUGCCCUCUUCACGACUGUCUUUGUGUGCUUGGAUCAUGUUAGCUUAUUGGUGAGGUGGACGUCAAGGAACUUGACGCUCUCAACCUGCUCCACUACAGCCCCGGGCGUGCUCGGUCCUCCUUUUCCUGUAGUCCACAAUCAUCUCCUUUGUCUUGAUCAUGAUGAGGUAUUAUGCAUUUAUUGGUUUUCUGAUUAUUUUUUUACCCUAUAAAUAAAUGUUUUAGCUACAUUACAUGUACAGUUGGUUGUUUGUUCAUCAUUACCAAAUAACCACCAAUGGUAACCCAGCAGUAGUACCACAGGUGAAUAAUGCCCCAGCAUGGUAAAAUGUCAAAUCAAUUAAAGAAUUAUGAUGGACAAUAAUAUGCAAAAUGAACAAUGCGAUUUGGAAGACAAGAUGUAUUAGGACUAUAAAACAAUUUUGUUGUACCCUCAAACACAAUUUUUUUAUAAAAAAUGGAACUAUAAAAACUGGACUUAAAAAAACAAAAAUCAGUAGGCCUACAAAAACUUCCAUGGAAACUUAAAUCUGUAAACCAUGUUAUAUAAAAAUGAACCCAUGUAUUGACGUGAAAACUGAAUUGUAUUUAUAUGAACUAGGCUAAUAUGAUUGUAAAAUGUGAAAAUUAUUUUAAACAAAAAAGCUGUAAAAUGUCAGAGGAUCACUUUGGGAUUGAAUUCAACACAGGCUGAGUUUUCGAUAAUGAUACUACAGUGAUAACAUGAUUAUCUUUGUCACAUGAUGAUCGACUGAAUGCGGAACCGUACUGUUCGGGAAAAAAUCACAGGUAUAUUUGGUGUAAGAUAGGUGUAAUAUGAAUGGUGUCUUGAGGCUUAGAAAGGGAUGUCAUAUGAUAUGACUAGCGAAGUGAUAAUUAAAAAAUAUAUGCAUUUAAACUGGUUUGUUCAGUUUGAUGGUCUUUUUCAGCACUUCUCAAAACCAACCGAUUUAGACUCAGCUAUUAAGUACGCAAUAUUUAAGAAUGUCUUGAUAGCGCACAUGAACGCUCAAAAAUCAUACACUGUGUCUUUAACGGGUUGAGCCCCUUCCAGCCAAUGAGAUGAGCCGGACACACUACCCGGAAACAAGCCGACUGCAUGAGUAAUAAUGGUGUGUAGCUAAUAUGUAAAUUAUUAAGUAUAUCGCUAUUUAUUUCACUUUUAUUUUAACCGGUGAUCAUUUUAUAUAAUUUAAAGGCUGACAUUCUCGUAUGAUUGGUAACUUGGCUCAUAUCGCAAGGUUUUGCUUAGGAAACAUGGCAGCAACAGCAGAUCACUUCAUGUAUUUUGCUUUUGGAAGCAACUUGUUGAAGGAGAGACUUCAGCUGGCAAACCCCUCAGCUAUAUUUCAUUGCACCGGCCGACUGAAGGACUACACAUUGAACUUUGGUCUGUGGGGGGAGCACAUUGACAACCGUUGGCAUGGAGGAGUAGCAACCAUCGAGCAGAAAGAGGGGGGAGAGGUGUGGGGGGUGGUCUGGAGGAUGAGCAACGACCACCUAGCCAGCCUGGACCAGCAGGAGGGGGUGGACAUGGGUAUGUACUUCCCCUUAGAGGUGACAGUAGAGACAGACGACGGGGCACUGCUCUGUAGAACGUACCAGAUGAACCGCUUCCACGCCUGUCCCCCCUCGCCACAAUACAAACAGGUGGUGUGUUUAGGAGCCCAGCAGAACGGUCUACCAGUGCAGUACAUGAGGAGACUAGAGGAGGUUCAGACCAACAACUACAGUGGCCCUUCUAUCCUGGACAAGAUCUCACAGGUCAUUAAGUAAUUCAGAUAUUUUUUUCCACUAAUUGGUCUUUUGAUUUGGUGUUUUGACCAAUCGGAUCAGUUCUGAAAAGAUCUGAUGUGAUUGGUCAAAAGACUAACUAGUGGAAAAAAAUAUCAGAAUUGGGCUGCCUGUGUAAAUGUAGCCAGAAUCCAUCUGAAAUGACAACCUAUUGGGCUCUGGUCAAAAGUAGUGCACUAUAUAGGGUGCCAUUUCAUACAAACACACAGACAGACACCAUAAAGACUAAUGCAUGUGAUGUGGCUUUGGAGAGAUUUGAUGACGAAUGGUUCAAUUGAAAUGGAAUGGGGCCUUUGAGAGAAAUGGGAGAUGUUUUAAUGUAUUUAAUAGAUGUAUACUGAAUGAAAUCAGUUACUUCAGAAAUCAAUUGAUUUAAUGUAAAUUGUUAUUCUUUGUUUCUUAAGAAACGUCUCAAGGAUCUCUGCUCCCUAAACUGUAUCUGGUACAAUUGUCUUUUCAACAAAACAUAAUUUUGUAGUCGUUAAUGACGUUGAACAUACAACUAUGUAUAUACAGAAUUACCACCAUAGUGUCCCAGUACAUAUUCUGGAGUUGAUUUGUGCUUUAGUUUUUACUUAAUUCAACAAAUACAAACUUGUGCAAAAUAUAUAUAUAACAAAGAUGUGUUUUAAAUCAAAUGUUAACAUUUCUGCUGAAUUUGCUGUAUGCUACCUAGAUUUUACACAACCACAGAAAUAAAGCAAUGAACCAACAGAAGAUGUGAUUUCAUAAUUGACAUUAAUGUGUGUAAUUGUGACUCAAAAUUAGCAGCAUGUUUCAGUCACAGCACUUACAAUUGUUUAAAUUCCCUCACUUCGCAGCAGUACAGCUGAUGAUCAACAAACUCAUUAUUACAUUGUCAUACAGUAAUAUGAAAUCAAUGCCCCCCCCCCCAUCCCAAAUUCCACCCUACUCACUAAACUAGUGUAAAUCUGAGAGGAUUAGAUCACUGGAGGUGAUGGUCGCGCUACCCUGCUCAGACGUUGCAUGCUUCAACCAAUGGUUGUGUGCCACGUCAUCGACUGUGCAGUCGGCCACCAGAACUCUGCUCUUUUAGCAGUCCACCAACACUCUCAGAAGACCCAUAAUUGGGUCCUGGCCCGUUCUCCACACUUGAAGUCUAUGGUCUCUAAAUGUGCGUUUAAGUGUAUAUUCAGAUUAUCCCGUUUAGUCUUUUAGCAAGUGAGUGAGGCAAUCCAGUAGUGAUGUGGGGAAAAUGUAUACAGUUACAUAUCGUGAUAUUUUAGAUGAUAUUAUCAAUAUUUGACUCCAAGCUUUGAUUUGUAAAAAUAAAAGAUUUACAAAUAAGAAUAAUUGCUAGUACUAGUCAGCUGUACCUGCACCAGAACUAUUUUUCAUCCUAUAGCUUGUUCUCCAUCAUCUUUUUAAAUACUGAGCCAACAUGUUUUCAGCUCUUAUUUCACUGAAUGAUCAAAACUCGUUUUCAUGCUCUAACUUGUCUCUCUGCAGCAGACAUAUGGUGAGCAAUAUGUUUGGAACAUCAAAUCGCAAUUAAAAUCACAAUACAUAUAGAAUCGCAAUACAUAUCGUAUUGGCACCUACGUAGUUUAUAAACCAACACUUGCACUCGACUCCCUCCCCCACCCCUCAUCUAGCUCUGACUUUGGGAAAAAUGUACUUAUCAGUGGAGGCUGGUGGGAGGAGCUAUAGGUGGAUGGGCUCAUUGUAAUGGCUGGAAUGGAAUUAAUGGAAAUGAGUCAAACACAUGGUUUCCAUAUUUUUUACUUGUUUGAUACUGUUCCAUAAAUUCCAUUCCAGCCAUUACAAUGAGCCCAUCCUUCUAUAGCUCCUCCCACCAGCCUCCACUGAUAAGUACAUUUUUCCCACCAGCCUCCACGGGUACUUACUAUGCCUGUGAUAUGUGAUUGUACCACCUAGCUAUUUUAAGAUGAAUGCAGUAAUUGUAAGUCACUCUGGAUAAGACUGUCUGCUAAAUCAGGGGUUCCCAAACUUUUUCACUCGGGGCCCCACUUCCAGCAGUGGGGAACAUCCCGAGCCUCCCCUGCGCACACACACGCCACGUCUAUUUCUAUGGGCACAUUCACUUUUGGUGAUUCACACCCAUCUUGUUGGUGGAGAAAAUGUUGCAGGUUUAAAGCUUAUUUCAUGCAAUUCUACACAUUUUGUCAUGGUGCAAAUACAAUUUUGCAGUUUUAAAGCUAAUUUUAUUGCAAUUAUAUACAUUUUGUCAUGUCUAAUGUGUAUUCAUGUGAGUGACAAAAACAAAUAAAUAAAAAAUGUUAGCUGA